AAAAAGAGAAAACCCGCCCACAGAAAAGGACGUUAAAACUUACUCCGUAGUAAUGUACAAAGAAAAUUAUUCUUAUUGAACCAUAAAUAAAUAAAUUUUAAAAAAAAAAUCAUCCCAAAAAUCACAAGGGAAAUUCCGUCGAUCUGUAAAACGCAGUCGUCUUCCUCCGACCUCCCCAACUUCAUCAAUGGCUUCUCCUUACGAUCCCUUCAAACAGGAGCCAAUUAAGCAGCAACAACAAAAGAAAAAAGGCCCCAAUUUCUUACUCAUGCUCCCUCUUAUCUACGCUCCUGUUCUUCCUCUCAUUAGAAUAUCACUGAGGCAUAAACCUGUUAUUAGGGAUCGUUUGUUUACUGCUGUUCUUGUUGGAGCUUUUGCACAUGGCGCUUAUCUGGUGACUGAUCUUUAUGAUGUCGAGAGCAAGUAGAGGAACUGAAUCAGCACUUGGUCUCCUGAGGCUUGUAAGUACACCAUCAUUCAGUUGAUCGUGAAGGCAAUCUUAUUGCUUGAUCUCACUGCUUUACAUUUUUCGAGGAUCUUGCACAUUUGAUAAUCAUUCUUCUCCAAGUAUCACUUCUUGCAGACUUAGCAUUAGUUGGUUAUAUUAUUAUGUAUUCUUGGAACUAAAUAAUCUCAAAUAGAGUAUUUUGGGAGAAUGAUGGCAUAUUCAGUUUUGAUUAGCCAACAUCUGACAUUCUUGCGGAGUUAUGGGAACCUUAUUAUCUUUAUUAUGAAUGGUUUAUGGUGUAUCAGCUUGUUUAUUACCAUGGUUGGUUUUGGUGAUGUUU